AACAAGAUGGAGCAAUCAUCGUUUUUUACUACUUCAACAGCUGAGAACUCCGGAAUCCCUCAGUUGUCAAGGUGCUGUUGAAUAGUGAAGUUCUUUUCAUUUUUAGUUGUUCCUCAUUCUAAUUUCAUAAUGGGUAUUCAGAAUUAUUAUGAUGUUGCUUUAAACCUCGUAAAACAGUCUGGUGCAUAUAUUCGUGAAAGAAUAAAUAGCCCAAAAGAUGUGUCAAUGAAGAGUUGUGAUGUUGACCUUGUCACAGAAUGUGAUGAACAUGUGGAAAAGCUGUUUAUGGACGGAAUUACCAAAGAAUUUCCUGAUCAUAAGUUUAUUGGUGAGGAAACUACAAGUUCUGGAAAAAAAGUUGAACUGACAGAUGCUCCAACAUGGGUAAUAGAUCCAAUAGAUGGUACUAUGAACUUCGUUCAUACAUUUCCUCAUACAUGCAUAUCAGUAGCUCUUUUAAUAAAUAAAGUUAUUGAAAUUGGUAUUGUCUACAAUCCUGUUCUUGAACAACUGUUUACUGCAAAAAAGGGAGAAGGUGCUUUUUUUAAUGGAAAACGUAUCAAAGUGUCUGGAGAAAAAGACAUUAGCAAAGCUCUUGUCAUGAUAGAAAUGGGUACAAGCCGAGAUCCGGAAAAAAUGGAGGUUGUAUUAGAGAACACAAAAAAUAUGAUUUCAAAGAUCCAUGGAAUGCGAACACUUGGAUCAGCAGCUUUAAAUAUAUGCAUGGUAGCACUAGGAGGAGCUGAUGCAAAUUUUGAAUACGGACUUCAUAUAUGGGAUUUUGCAGCUGGUGAUUUAAUUGUUCGAGAAGCUGGAGGUGUUUCUAUGGAUCCAGCUGGUGGACCAUUGGAUCUCCUAAGUAGACGAUAUUUAUGUGCUUCUUCGAAAGAGUUAGCUGAUCAAGUAUCAAGUUUACUUGUUCAAUAUUAUCCAGAAAGAGAUUGAAGAGAAAAACUUAAGAGUGUUGACAAUAUUUCCAUAAUUUUAACGAGACGAAUGAGAAUGAAACGAUAGGUAUUUUAAACUGUGGUUGCUGAUUUUUUUGAUUCUUCGUAAAAAAAAAACUAUUCAAUUUUCCUUGUACUUGGAUAUUUCAAAAUACCAUACUUAUGUGAGUGCGCGAUUCAACUUCAAUAAAGUUAUUAAAAAAAAA